AAGUUUCCAUCCAGCUCAGCAUCCAGCUCAGCAUCCAGCUCUCGAUGGUCUCUGGUCUCUCGCAGCUUGCAACCGAGUGCCGUUCAAGCAACAGCUAUCCUCCUCGUCGAUCGCUACUGUAAGCGUAGGCGGGCGGCUUGGGCUUGCACUACAGUCAUUAUCAGUCUCGGCGAGUCCUCGCAACUUUCCCACGUCAUGUCUUUAACGACCGCGCCAACCUCACCCCGUCCAUCACCCCCAAACUUCCCCCCACCAGAACUCCUCACCCGCAUCCUCCUCCACCCCGCCUUCACCCACCCCCCAUCGCUGCUCGCCUGCCUCCUCGUCAACAAACGCUGGUCUACAACCCUCUCCACCCGCGAACGCUGCCUCAUCAAACAUAACUUCACACACAACCCGCAAGGCCUGCCCCCGCGCGAUGGAUUCAACAACAAACGGUGGGGGACGGGCCAGGGUCUGGAUGGGGAUGCGUACCUGUUCUGGGAAGAGCUGGAGGUGGCCGCUUUGAAGGAUGAGUUUGGCUGGCUGGGAUUGAUGCAAUCGGAGCUGAGGGAAAUGGUGGAGACUACUGGCUCCCGAGCCACUCAUCCAAACACGGCAAAGAACGAAUCGCAGUGGAAGCAACUCACUGCGGACGUCAAUUUGCUCACGGAGCCGUUCAGAGCCCUUAACGUUAUCAAAUCAUACCGCGAGCGGUACGCGCGCGAUGCGCGGAAAUUCUGUUUCCUGCUCCGUGAGGAAGGGGCCAUGAUCUGCCCUUUGCUUCUCGCCCCCGUGCCUGAGUUAGACUCCGUAACAACCUCAACCACUCAACCGCUCCUCAAAACGCUCCUGUCUCGUCUGAGGGUAUCAGAACACCUCUGUGAGCGCUACACUCUUUGGCGAAUCCCCGUUUGGGAUGAACAGAUCACGAAGGCGUUCAUCCGAAACAAGCGCAUUUGGUGCUACGACACAAGCGUCAACAAGCCUCCGGCGCUGUGCACCGAUGUGCACGCGAUUUCACUUUACAAGGAUGUGUAUCAGGCGCUGAAGGAUGCGGAUGUCGUGGAGCUGAUUCAUGUGGAGAAGCCUGAUCAAAUUUUGGAGUACUGGGAGGAAGAGGAGGAAGAGGAGGAAGAGGAAGAGGAUGGGUAUCCGUGCUGGUUUACGUUGUGUAGGAGGAGAGAGAAGGGGCGGAGUGUGCUGGGCUGGAUGGUGUAUGAUAAUCUCAGUUCGUAAGGUGGAGAGGCUAGAAAUCUAUUGAUACGUGGCGUGUACAGGGUCUAUUCUAGGUUUGGUGUUUUUACAUAGGUCUG